GGACCAGAACUGCUGAGCAAGUAUGUAGGAGAGUCYGAGAGAGCCGUUAGAGAGGUGUUUCGGAAGGCGAGGGCGGUCGCUCCCUCCAUCGUCUUCUUUGAUGAAAUCGAUGCUCUGGCCAGCGAAAGAGGAAGCUCCUCGGGCUCCAGCGGCGUCGGGGACCGGGUCCUGGCUCAGCUCCUGACAGAGAUGGACGGCAUCGAGCAGCUCCGAGGCGUGACGGUGCUGGCCGCCACCAACCGGCCCGACAUGAUCGAUAAGGCUCUGAUGCGUCCAGGUCGCCUCGAUCGAAUCGUCUACGUGCCUCUGCCGGACGCCGCCACCCGACUGGAGAUAUUUUCCCUCCAGUUCCGUAGCAUGCCCGUGGCGGACGACGUGUCCGUCGAUGAUCUGGUGACCCGGACCAACAAGUACUCUGGAGCAGAGAUAACAGCAGUAUGCAGAGAGGCCGCCCUGCUGGCCCUACAGGAGGACAUCAAAGCUCCAAACAUCCAGGCCAGACACUUUGAAGGUGCCCUGAACGCCGUGAAGCCCCGGAUCCCCGACUCUCUCGUCCAAUCAUACGUCAGCUAUCAGCAGCAGCGCAGCGGCGGCCUGGGCUUCUUCUGAGCACGCCGUAAAAAAGCUUUCCAUCUGAGCCACCGUACAACGUCGACUGUUUAAACUCUGAAAAAAAUUGGUCUCAUUUUCUCUACGGUGUAAAUAUCUGAAGCUUUCGUGACUUUGUUUCAUCACAUUGUGGACGUUUUUAUUGUGUUUUUAAAAAUAUUAUAAAAACCGAGUAAAUUAAAACCUAACUUGAGAAGUGAAUAAAAUUCACAUAUUUUUAUCUGUUUUUGUUGAAAUAAUUUUUGUGCUCUUGUURAAGCUCAGUUUCAUGAAUAAAACUGACAAUUUGUUUUA